UAAAAAAGCCAAAACCAAAGGUCUUUUUUUUUAUUUUUGCUAUUUUGUAAAUAUAAUUUGGUAAUCAGAAGUAACAAUAUACAUUCUCUAAAACGAAAAUUGAAAACUUGUGUACUUGCUACGUUAACAUAGGAUCAAGAAUGCCGCAUGUAAAUGCUAUAAAUGUAAUUUGUUUUCGUCUAUAUUCUGGUGAUAAAAUUGGUGUAAACUGAUCGUCGAUACCGCUAAGUUAUAAUGGGAGCCUCAACAGUGUACCACGAAAAGCAAAUAAAGGAACUAUGUGCUCUUCACGCGCUCAACAAUUUGUUUCAAAAUAGGGAAUCAUACAAUAAGUUUCAGCUAGACGAAAUUUGUCGAAAUUUGGCGCCUAAUGACUACAUAAACCCACACAGAUCAAUUCUUGGGCUUGGAAAUUACGAUAUAAAUGUUAUCAUCACUGCUUUACACAUGAAGGGGUGUGAAGCUGUUUGGUUUGACAAACGAAGAAAUCCUUCCUGCAUUGACACAUCUAAAAUAAUUGGGUUUAUACUGAAUGUGCCGUCAAAUUACAAAAUAGGAAUUGUCAGAUUACCGUUGCAAAGGAGACACUGGAUUGCUUUGAAGAAAAUAGAAGGAGAAUAUUGGAACUUAGAUUCGAAACUCGAUGCUCCUCUGGUGAUCGGCGAUAAAUUUUACAGGAAGCACAGGCAAUGGAUUACUUACGAACUCAACUUCAAAGCAACGACAAGCAAUUAUUUGUAGUUUGUACAAAAGAGGUGGAGAAGAAUAAGGGUUGGCUGCUCCCUGAAUAUAGGCCUGACUUCUUUUAUGAUUGCUAGUUACAGCUCUACUUACUGAUACUAAAACUUUUAAAAUUAAAAUAAAAAGCAUUCAGAAACCAAAAUGCAGAUUUAAUAUUUAAAUAUAAUAUCGACAAACGCUUACAUUGGUUUUAAUAAUAGUUGUUAUGAACAAACAUUUAACAAUACAUUUUGGAAAAGCAAA